UUCCCAGUAACCUAACAAAAACAAUUCUCUACUUUUUUUGUUGUGAACUUAGAUUCUUAUCUUCACUCUGUCAACUUCCCCACUCUGGCUAUUUCCUAAUAACACCCCAAACCCCUAAACCAUGAUUUUCAAGUUUUUUUUUUAAAUUUCUCACCAAGACAUCUUCCACCCUAGGAAAAAGAUCACAUGAAUUUACGUAAUACUUUGGAGCCAUAGUCAUGUAGUCAUGUACUCAAAGAGGAAACUUUAUUGUACUUCUACUCCCCACCCUUCUCCACCCAAAUUUACCCUUGGAUCUUCACUGAUUAGUGCUUUCAAGCUUGCCUGCCUUAGCUCAUGUAGCUCCUCCUCCAGUACUGGGGUAAACACUUGUAUCACCAUUUUAAAGAAUAUUCUUUAUUUGUGAAGAGCAGAACAAGAAGAAAUCCACUUGAUUCAGAUACUCUCAAGAUUCCUAAAGGAUUAGAGCUCAUUUCUCAUCCUUCUACAAGCACUUACCUCAGGAAGCAUUCAGAUAAAAGGUCGCGAUGGAUGCUGAAGAGGACAGCAAAAUGAGAGCAGGGAAAAAAUACAUCUUGGAGCCGGACAAGAAAAGUAAAAAAGAAAAGAAGGAAAAGAAACCAACUGUCAGUGCAUUUGCAAUGUUUCGCUAUUCAAAUUGGCUUGACAGGUUGUAUAUGGUAGUGGGAACGUUGGCUGCCAUCAUCCAUGGUGCUGGACUCCCCCUUAUGAUGCUGGUGUUUGGAGACAUGACAGAUAGCUUUUCAAAUGCCGGAAAUGGAGGUCAAAAUUCUCCAAACAUAAGUAAUCAAAGUAUUACCAACAUUACCCAGGCAGAGAUCUUCGCCCGUCUGGAGGAAGAAAUGACCACGUAUGCCUAUUAUUACAGUGGAAUCGGUGCUGGGGUGCUUGUUGCUGCUUACAUUCAGGUUUCAUUUUGGUGCCUGGCAGCUGGAAGACAAAUAUACAAGAUUAGAAAACAGUUUUUCCAUGCUAUAAUGAGACAGGAAAUAGGCUGGUUUGAUGUGCAUGAUGUUGGGGAACUUAACACCCGGCUCACAGACGAUGUCUCCAAAAUUAAUGAAGGAAUUGGUGACAAAAUCGGAAUUCUGUUUCAGUCAAUGGCAACAUUUUUCACUGGUUUUAUAGUAGGAUUUACACGUGGUUGGAAGCUGACCCUUGUGAUUUUGGCCAUCAGUCCUGUUCUUGGACUGUCAGCUGCUAUCUGGGCAAAGAUAUUAUCUUCAUUUACUGAUAAAGAACUCUUUGCAUAUGCAAAAGCUGGAGCAGUAGCUGAAGAGGUUUUAGCAGCAAUUAGAACUGUGAUUGCAUUUGGAGGACAAAAGAAAGAACUUGAAAGAUACAACAAAAACUUAGAAGAAGCUAAAAGAAUUGGGAUAAAGAAAGCUAUUACUGCCAAUAUUUCUAUUGGUGCUGCUUUUCUGCUGAUCUAUGCAUCAUAUGCUCUGGCAUUCUGGUAUGGGACCACCUUGGUCAUCUCAAAUGAAUAUUCUAUUGGACAAGUACUCACUGUCUUCUUUUCUGUAUUAAUUGGGGCUUUUAGUAUUGGACAGGCAUCUCCAAGCAUUGAAGCAUUUGCAAACGCAAGAGGAGCAGCUUAUGAAAUCUUCAAGAUAAUUGAUAAUGAGCCAAGCAUUGACAGCUAUUCAAAGACUGGGCACAAACCAGAUAAUAUUAAGGGAAAUUUGGAAUUCAGAAAUGUUCACUUCAGUUACCCAUCUCGAAAAGAUGUUAAGAUCUUAAAGGGCCUCAACCUAAAGGUGCAGAGUGGGCAGACGGUGGCCCUGGUUGGGAACAGUGGCUGUGGGAAGAGCACCACGGUGCAGCUGUUGCAGAGGCUCUAUGACCCCGCGGAGGGCGUGGUCAGUAUUGACGGACAGGACAUUAGGACCAUAAAUGUAAGAUAUCUGCGGGAAAUCACUGGCGUGGUGAGUCAGGAACCUGUGUUGUUUGCCACCACCAUAGCUGAAAACAUUCGCUAUGGCCGUGAAAAUGUCACCAUGGAGGAGAUUGAAAAAGCUGUCAAGGAAGCCAAUGCCUAUAACUUCAUCAUGAAACUGCCUCAUAAAUUUGACACCCUGGUUGGAGAGAGAGGGGCCCAGCUGAGUGGCGGACAGAAGCAGAGGAUCGCCAUCGCUCGUGCCCUGGUCCGCAACCCCAAGAUCCUGCUGCUGGACGAGGCCACGUCAGCUUUGGACACAGAAAGUGAAGCAGUGGUACAGGCAGCUCUGGAUAAGGCCAGAGAGGGCCGGACUACCAUUGUGAUAGCUCAUCGUUUGUCUACAGUUCGUAACGCUGAUGUCAUUGCUGGUUUUGAUGAUGGAGUCAUUGCAGAGAAAGGAAAUCACAAUGAGCUCAUGAAAGAGAAAGGCAUUUAUUUCAAACUUGUCACAAUGCAGACAGCAGGAAAUGAAAUUGAAUUAGAAAAUGUAGCUGGUGAAACCCAAAGUGAAAUUGAUGCCUUGGAAAUGUCUUCAAAUGAGUCAGGAUCCAGUCUAAUAAGAAAAAGAUCAACUCGCAGAAGUAUCCGUGGAUCACAAAGCCAAGACAGAAAGCUUAGUACCAAAGAGGCUCUGGAUGAAGAUGUACCUCCAGUUUCCUUUUGGAGGAUUCUGAAGCUUAAUUUAACUGAAUGGCCUUAUUUUGUUGUUGGUGUAUUUUGUGCCAUUAUAAAUGGUGGCCUGCAACCAGCAUUUUCAGUAAUAUUUUCAAAGAUUAUAGGAAUUUUUACAAGAAAUGAUGAUCCUGAGACAAAACGACAGAAUAGUAACUUGUUUUCACUGUUAUUUCUAGUCCUUGGAAUUAUUUCCUUUAUUACAUUUUUCCUUCAGGGCUACACGUUUGGCAAAGCCGGAGAGAUCCUCACCAAGCGGCUCCGCUACAUGGUUUUCAGAUCCAUGCUGAGACAGGAUGUGAGCUGGUUUGAUAACCCUAAAAACACCACUGGAGCUUUGACUACCAGGCUUGCCAAUGAUGCUGCUCAAGUUAAAGGGGCUGUAGGUUCCAGGCUUGCUAUAAUUACCCAGAAUAUAGCAAAUCUUGGGACAGGAAUUGUUAUAGCCUUCAUCCAUGGCUGGCAAUUAACACUUUUACUCUUAGCAAUUGUACCCAUCAUUGCAAUAGCAGGGGUUGUUGAAAUGAAAAUGUUGUCCGGACAAGCACUGAAAGACAAGAAAGAACUAGAAGGUGCUGGGAAGAUCGCCACUGAAGCAAUAGAAAACUUCCGAACCGUUGUUUCUUUGACUCGGGAGCAGAAGUUUGAACAUAUGUAUGCACAGAGUUUGCAGGUCCCAUACAGAAACUCUUUGAAGAAAGCACACAUCUUUGGAAUCACGUUUUCCUUCACCCAAGCAAUGAUGUAUUUUUCCUAUGCUGGCUGCUUCCGGUUUGGUGCCUACUUGGUGGCACGUCAGUUAAUGACCUUUGAGGAUGUUCUGUUGGUAUUUUCGGCUAUUGUCUUUGGUGCCAUGGCAGUUGGGCAGGUCAGUUCAUUUGCUCCUGACUAUGCCAAAGCCAAAGUGUCAGCCUCCCACAUCAUCAGGAUCAUUGAAAAAGUCCCUCUGAUUGACAGCUAUAGCACAGAAGGCUUGAAGCCAGAUGCGCUGGAAGGAAAUGUGACAUAUAAGGAAGUCAUGUUCAAUUAUCCCACGCGGCCAGACAUCCCUGUGCUUCAGGGGCUGAGCCUCGAGGUGAAGAAGGGCCAGACGCUGGCCCUGGUGGGCAGCAGUGGCUGUGGGAAGAGCACGGUGGUCCAGCUCCUGGAGCGGUUCUACGACCCCCUGGCUGGGACAGUGCUAAUUGAUAACAAAGAAAUAAAGCAACUGAAUGUCCAGUGGCUCCGAGCACACCUGGGCAUCGUAUCCCAGGAGCCCAUCCUGUUUGACUGCAGCAUUGGCGAGAACAUCGCCUACGGAGACAACAGCCGGGAGGUGUCACAGGAAGAGAUCGUGAGGGCAGCCAAGGAGGCCAACAUACACCACUUCAUUGAGUCGCUGCCUGACAAAUAUAACACCAGAGUAGGAGACAAAGGAACUCAGCUCUCUGGUGGGCAAAAACAACGCAUUGCCAUAGCUCGUGCCCUCGUUAGACAGCCUCAUAUUUUGCUUUUGGAUGAAGCUACAUCAGCUCUGGAUACAGAAAGUGAAAAGGUUGUCCAAGAAGCCCUGGACAAAGCCAGAGAAGGCCGCACGUGCAUUGUGAUCGCCCACCGCCUGUCCACCGUGCAGAGCGCAGACUUGAUCGUGGUGCUUCAGAACGGCAAAGUGAAGGAGCACGGCACGCAUCAACAGCUGCUGGCGCAGAAAGGCAUCUACUUUUCAAUGGUCAGUGUCCAGGCUGGAGCAAAGCGCCAGUGAACUGUGACCGUAUGAGAUGUUAAAUAUUUUUUAAUAUUUGUUUUUAAAUAUGGCAUUUAACCAAAGUUAAAAAGCAAGCACUUACUGGACGAUGAAGAGUUAUGUGUUUAACGUUUCCUGCUGCAAUUGAAGAUCAUCCCAUCAAGAUCAGUGUCUUCAGAGACUUCAUAAUUAAGGGAGCAGAAAGGGAAACAUCAUCAAAUGGGAGGAAAUAAUGGCUUUAAUUGUAUUAUAAAACUUAUUAAAGAAUUUUAAGUAGACUUUUUAAAUAAAGUGUGUAAUUUUGUUUUA